AAAUCGCAGAAGUCUUCCGGCUCAUCGAGCUUCUUCAUUCGUCUCUACCACUUCUCCUCUUUCUCGAGAGCAUCUUCCAUGGGGAGGAAGGGCGCCGGCGGUGAGCAGAUGAAGAAGGUCAAGGAUGCGGCUCCCAGGAAACGCAACCCGUGCCCCGGAGUCCGUUUGGUCGGCGGCCGGAUCUAUGACCCGGAGAACGGGAAGACCUGCCACCAGUGUCGUCAGAAAACAACGGACUUCGCGGUAUCUUGCAAACAGCCGCAGAAGAAGGGUCUCUGUCCAAUCCACUUCUGCCACAAGUGCCUUCUCAACAGGUAUGGUGAGAACGCUGAAGAGAUGACCAAAGAGGAGGCCUGGACCUGCCCCAAAUGCAGGGGCAUCUGCAACUGCAGCUUCUGCAGAAAAAAGAAAGGGGACACGCCGACGGGAAUACUGGCUCAUGCUGCCAAGGCAUGGGGACACUCAUCUGUCCAUGAGUUACUAAUCAAGGGCUCAGACAUGGUGGCUGCUGCACAGACGCUGACAUCACUCCCUAUGACGGCCAAGAAGGAACACAAGGAUGGAAACCCAAAGAGGGCCCUAGGGACAGAUGACACUACUGAUGGAUUGUUGGCUGAAGGGGAUGAGAAUAUAGGGACUGAUCUCAAUGCAUUUCCAUCUGUUCCUGUUAACAAGAGACUGAAGAAGGGCAAUUGCAGGGUUAACAUGACUGCUUGUAAGAAGUUCCCUGUUGACAUUAAGGGUGAUCCUCAAAUCCGAAAUGAGAGCACUGAUGUUCUCAAGAGCAAAAUUGAGCUACCCAUAGCUACUCCAGUCACUAACGUUUUAGGGACCGAGCUGGACGCAAACGAUGUUGGUUCUGCAAUUCUGUUUUAUGAAUUCUGCCGCACAUUUGGGGAGGUUCUAAUGGCAAGCAAGCAAUAAGGAUAGUCUUUCAGCUUUUACUUCCUUGGUCAUUGUUAUGUAAGUGUUGCUUACUAUGCUAGAACUAAAUGCAAGUGAUAGCAGCAGCUUCUUCUAUUUA